AUGUACGUUGCCAGAAGAAACUCCGACGUUGAUCGCCGUCUUCUCCUCGUCCCCGCAAUCCCUUGUAUAUCUCUCUUUCUCUUACACUUUCUAUCCACACACACACUUGAUCCUCUUCCUCCCACUCUCUCCCCUCUUCGUAACCUAAUCUACACUCAUACUCUAACCUCCACCACCGAAAACUCCAGUUCAGAUCCUCAAGAGGAUAUUGACGAUAUACGGCGGGGAAAGAGGGAUGAGUUGGUGAAGUCGAAGAUGGCGGUGUGUUUAGUUGGAGGAGCGAGGCGGUUCGAGCUAACCGGACCGUCGAUUAUUGAGAAAAUCCUUAAGGUUUACCCUAAUGCUGAUUUGUUUCUCAAUAGUCCUCUUGAUAACAACUCUUUCAAGCUACGGUUGCUUAAGGACUCGCCGAGGGUCGCGUGGGUUCGUAUCUUCGAGCCUACACCGAUCAACGAGACUGAGUCUAUGGUUCGAGUUCUCACACCUAUGAGUUCGCCCAAUGGCAUUCAGGGUUUAUUACAAUACUUUAAUCUCGUGGAAGGAUGCAUCACGAUGAUUAAGAGAUACCAAAACGAGAACAACUUCACCUACGACUGGAUAGUCCGGACCCGUGUUGACGGUUACUGGUCUGACUCACUCGACCCGGAAUACUUCAGACAGGGUCAAUACCUAGUCCCACCUGAUUCCUCUUACGGUGGCCUUAACGACCGUUUUGGCCUCGGCGAUCUCAACACCUCAACGGUGGCUCUCUCUCGCCUCUCUCUCAUUCCCGACCUAGACUCAGCUGGCUUUAAUCAUCUCAAUUCUGAAUCAGCCUUCAAGGCGCAGCUCUCAACACAACGUGUCCCUUACGUAACCAAACCUCUCCCUUUUUGCAUCAUGACAGACCGAACCUACGAGUUCCCUCCGUCUAGCUACGGAGUUCCCGUGGCUGCACUUUCUAGCCUUGGACCGUUAAACGGUGCCAAGUGCCGUCCGUGCACCGUCGCGUGUAGCGGCUCGUGUGUGGCGAAAGCAAUGAGAAAGCUUAACAAAGAGUGGAGCUGGACGGAGUGGGAGAACGGAACGUUGAAGCUGUGCGACGCACAUGGAGAGUGGGAGGAAGGUUGGGAGAAGAUAUUUGACGAAGUGGCCGGGGAGAAACUCGCACGUGCGAGGAAACGUGGCGGAAGUUUGGAGUCGAGGAGAUGUGUGGAAGAGUUUGAAGAGAUGAGAGGAAUGGCCGUUAAAUGGGAAGCUCCCGCCUCCGAACAGAUUUGUAUGUUGGGCCUUAAGCCCAAAUAG